CAGUGAGUCACAGGCAAAAAAAAAAAAAAAAAGGAAAAGAUCGAUGGAGGAUGGUUUGCUGCUUCUGGUUAAUAAAGAGAGAGAUAAUAAUAUAGAUAUAGGAUGUGGGGUGAUAGUUGAAGAGAUGAAGAGUGUGGGUUAUUUAGCAGGACCGAUGGUGGCUGUCACUCUAUCAAACUAUCUUCUGCAAGUUAUAUCAAUGACAAUGGUUGGUCAUUUGGGCGAACUUUCUCUCUCUAGCACCGCCAUUGCCAUGUCUCUUGCUGGUGUCACUGGUUGGAGUCUCCUUUUAGGCAUGGCGAGCGCUCUCGAAACCCUAAGCGGACAAGCUUACGGAGCCGAGCAAUACGAGAAAAUCGGGACGCAAACUUACACCGCCAUUUUCUCUCUCAUCGUCGUAUGCAUUCCUCUCUCCAUUCUUUGGAUUUGCAUGGGAGAUGUACUAGUACUUUUAGGACAAGAUCCCUUGAUUUCGCGCGAAGCCGGAAAAUUCAUAGUGUGGCUUACUCCGGCUCUCUUCGGUUACGCAACUCUUCAACCCCUCCUUCGGUACUAUCAGAUGCAAAGCUUGAUAACUCCCAUGCUUAUAAGCUCGUGCGUCACCGUAUGUUUCCACACGAUCCUGUGUUGGUUGCUCGUUUUUAAGUCCGGAUUGGGGAAUAUUGGAGCUGCUAUAGCCAUGAGCCUUUCGAUUUGGAUGAAUGUGGUCAUACUCGGUUUGUACAUGAAGUUCUCGGCCAAGUGCCGGAAAACUCGCGCUCCGAUUUCUAUGAAGAUAUUCCAUGGGGUUGGGGAAUUUUUUCGGUUUGCGGUUCCUUCUGCGUUAAUGGUUUGUCUCGAAUGGUGGUCGUAUGAGCUAGUUAUCUUGAUGUCUGGGCUUUUGACAAACCCUCAACUCGAAACCUCGGUGCUGUCUGUUUGCAUGAACACCGUAUACACACUUUCCGGAAUUCCAUAUGGAUUGGCCGCUGCUGGAAGCACGAGAAUUUCGAAUGAGUUAGGAGCUGGAAAACCAAGGGAGGCUCGUAUAUCUCUCAUUGCUCUAAUGCUUCUUGCAUCGAUAAGCGCGAUAACUUUGAGCACAAUCCUCUUUGCUACCCGCAACGUUUUCGGCUAUGUUUUUAGCAACGAAGCGGAAGUUGUGGACUAUCUCUCAAACAUGGCUCCUCUUCUUUGUUUUUCUGUUAUACUCGACAGUCUUCAAGGGAGUCUCGCAGGCGUUGCUAGAGGAUGCGGGUGGCAAGAUAUCGGAGCUUAUAUCAACCUAGCUGCGUUUUACCUAUUCGGCAUUCCGAUAGCUGGAAUAUUGAGUUUCUGGUUCAGUUUUCGAGGAAAAGGUCUAUGGGUCGGAGUACUAUCUGGUGCCACAAUGCAGACACUCAUGCUAGGAAUAAAAGCAAGUUGCACAAACUGGGAAAAAGAGGCAGAUAAGGCAAAGGAGAGGCUGGUUCAGGCGGAGUCUUUGUCAGUUGAAGGUGGACUUGCUUGAAGAAAUGUUAGUAAACAAAUCGACCUUUAUACAGCGUAAAUGCGUGUUUUUGUAGUUUAGUGCAGACAAAGAAACAAUAAUCAAGAACCGAGAAGCCACUACAAUUUUUGUCGAUACACUUACCUUCUAAAUUGAGAAAGGAAUCUGAAAC